AUGUCGGCAUUGUUCAACCUCAUCCCGGCAAUAAUCGUAAAGAUGGAUGUAUCAGAACUUCCAAAGCUUGUAGAAGAUCUAGAGACAUACAGAGAUGAUUUGCCCCGGUUUAAAAGCCUCCGCACAGAAUUAGAAGUAUGGCAGGCCAAAUGCAUGAAUAUGCAAGCUCCAUCCGAUUCGCUAUUACAAGCGCUAAACUUAUGUAGCAAAGACCUCUUCCCGAACUUGGUCGUACUCUUACAGAUUGCAUGCAUCAUUCCAGUGACAAGCUGUGAAGCAGAGAGGCCAUUUUCUGCAGUGAGGAGACACAAAACUUCACUUCGAUCAACAAUGGGCGAGGAGCGUCUCACUUCACUAGUGCUCAUGAACAUGUACUAUGACACUCCGACUGAGACUGACAAAGUGGUCCGAAUGUUCAUACAGAAACAUCCGCGGCGUUUGUUUGCUCCUAUAUAUGAAACAUAA